AUGCCAACUAAUAAUUCAAGUUCAAGGUUACAACAACCAUUUCCGGAAAUGAAUACCAAUUCAAACCCAGAACAAAGUCCAACUCCAAGUUUACUUGAAAUUAGUAAUAAAAUCCAACAAAUCAAUAGUGAUGUCACUGCCAUUGAAAAACAAUUAAAAGCUAAGAAAAGAAAGAGAUUAGCCAUAAAAAUUUUACAUUUUUUAGUUCCUUCACCUAUGAAUAUUCUUGCUUUUUUUAUGUUAGGUGGUCUGUUAGCUCAUAAUAUUUAUUAUUUGGUUUUAAUCUUAAAAUCAACAUGA